AUGGCUAUCCUUGAAACAGCUGGCCCAUUUGGAGGAGGACUUGCUAUGACGAAUGCUGUUGAUGACAAUGGCGCCGGUAUUACGAAAUCUCUGAUCACUGGGACAGCACAUCGUCUCAGAAACCUGAAAAUCAUUAUGCUCGGUGCUGGUGUGUCCGGCAUCCAAUUAGCUUAUGAUGUAGCGACAAAGACGAAAGACAUCGAAUUGGAGAUUUACGAAAAGAAUGCCAACCUAGGCGGAACCUGGUAUGAGAAUCGGUAUCCAGGCUGCGCCUGCGAUGUCCCUGCCCACACUUACCAGUAUUCCUGGGAACCCAAUCCCCGGUGGACCAAGUUCUACGCGCCGGCACCUGAAAUUUGUGCCUACCUCAAUAAAGUGGUCGAAAAUCAUGACCUACGCAAGUAUAUGCAUUUCAGGCAUCGUGCUAUCAAUGCUGAGUGGCAAGAAAAGUCUGCGACAUGGCGAGUGCGGUUCGAGGUGACUAAUGAAUCCGGGCUGCUUGAGUAUUUCGACCGGGAAAGCGAUGUUGUUGUCAUGGGAGUUGGAACUCUCAACAACUGGAAGUUCCCGGAAGUUGAGGGUUUAUCACAGUUCAAAGGGUCUUUGAUGCAUACAGCCACAUGGGAUGACUCGGUCGACCUAAAGGGGAAGACAGUCGCCGUGAUUGGCAAUGGCGCCAGUGCUGUCCAAUUAGUGCCAGCCCUUCAACCAGUUGCCGGCAAAAUCUAUAACUAUGUUCGUACAGCAUCAUGGAUGCUUCCGCACCUUUUUUCCGACGGUGUAGUUCAAAAAGACUACCCAUUAGAACUCCAACUCCGUUUUGAGAACGAUCCUCAAUUCUACUAUGAAUACCGACGACAGCUAGAAAAGAAUAUGGCUAGCGGUUUCGCGGCCCUGUGGCGAGGCACACAAGCACAGGCCGAUCUCCGACAGGGUACAAUCCAACACAUGCAGAAGAUGAUCCAAGACCCUCAGACUCUUGACUUCUUGACGCCAGAUUUUGAAAUUGGGUGCCGUCGCUUCACCCCUGGUGACCAUUAUCUACAUGCAUUGCAGCAAGACAAUGUACAAAUGAUAACAGAUCAUAUUACACAGGUCACUGAAAGAGGUGUCUGCGAUAACGCAGGCGUCAUUCGUGACGUCGAUGCUAUCAUCUGCGCCACAGGAUUCGAAACUUCCUACGAACCACGUUUCCCCAUUACCGGCCGGAAUGGAUAUUCCCUUGCCGAGAACUGGGGCAUCGACAAGACUUCAGAGAGUUAUAUGGGUGCUAUGGUGGCUGGAUUCCCCAAUUUCUUUGGUGACUAUACGUCCGUGAAGCUAUUCGGCAGUCGAUCUGCCUUUCCUGGAAUCCAGGCUACAAGUUCGUACAUCCUUCGUGUUAUAAACCGUCUCCAACACGACUCGAUCCGAUCUUUGAGCGUAAAAGACGAGUGCCAGUCCGAGUUCAACGAAUGGGUGCAGUCACGGAUGGUGGAAAUGGUAUUCUCGGGUAACUACAAAAAUUCCAAAGGCAAAGUGUUCAUUCCCUGGCCCGGAACUAUCGCACAUUACGUCCAGUGCACAGAGAUGAUCCGCUGGGAAGACUUCGAUUUCACCUGGGCCGACCCUUCGAACAAGUAUUCCAGUUUUGGCAACGGUGUGCCACUGGAUGGGAUUGCACCAGAGUGCCCUCCAUGGUUAACGAAUCCGGCGGGACUGGAGACAGAAAGCGCCGGGUGA